GCUCGGACCGAGCCGUGACCUGCUGCUCCAGCUAAGCUAGGGAUCCACACACGAACAGAUGUUCUGCACAAACUAGAGUCAAAACAAAACCCGCCUCUUUUGUUGACUAUUUUUUAUUUUUAUUUGCUGAAACGGCGGCAAAAGAAGAAAAGCAAUGUGGCGGCAGCGGUUUCAAUGAGCGGACGUCACUCACGUUUGAAUUUUAAGUUGUUUUUUUUUUUUUCGCAGCUAGCAGCAGCUGGCUAAAAGACAGGCUCGCGAAAGUGAAACCAAGAGCAGAAGCUUCAUGCUAAAAAGAUUUGAGAGUUUAACUUCAGUCAAACUAAAACCAGGUCUCUAAACUCAAGAAGCAUGGUUAUGUCCUGAGCUGCAGUUUGAAGUUCUUCAUCAUGGAUUCCUAAUCAUCUUCYAACAUCAGCGGCUCCUCCAUUCGCUUCUGGUCCUUUUUAGACCAGAAGGGUCCCCGCCCCCCCAGCCCCCAUCCAGCCUGUCUGACCUCCCGAGCAGUGGGAGCAAACAGAUGGGGGCCUGUUGCUGUAAAGCUGAAAUUCCCUGUGGCAGUGUGGAGGAAACGAGUGUUUUACUGAAAGAUGACUCAAAAACCACAUGCAUUAGUGAAAAAGUAGCGGUCGACACUUGCGGCCACGAGGGAGAUGAUGAGAUGAGGGGAGUCGAUGAGAAGGAGGCGGUAAAGCAGCUUGAGAAGAACGACAAGGAGUCCAGUAAUGCUCAGGAAAAUGGACUUUUGCAAAAAGAAAACACUCCGCUUUCUUCAAGCAACGAGUCUAAACUCGAAGACGCCACCGCGGCGCGACCUGAACACAGGGACGCCUCUCCUGCUGAUGCUGGAAAUGUUGUAAACUUGCUGGAGAACAUCGGCACCGCUCACAGCCCGGACGUUGUCGCCUCAAUYUCAAAACCGGAACAACGUGAAGAAGAAGAUCCAGCCCCGGUGCAGGAAAAAGUUCCACUGUUAACUAAAGCGGUCUGCCGUGACAGCCCCUCCCAUCCUGAGACAAACAUAUCAACAGAGCACAUCCCAGCGAGCGUUUCUCCUGCUGACGUUCAGGAAGGAUGCUCCAAAGAUGCCAAACCAUCAGGAGAGUUUACACAAAACACACAAGCGUUAUCUGUGCCAAACGCUGAACUCACUGCAGCAGGUCAGGAGACGUCUGACUCUGAGGUCACUUUGGAGGCUAACACCGAGGCUCCCAGCUGUGUUGUGACAGUGGUUUUGGACGAUAGUGGCUCUCCAUGCAAGGAGGCUGGUUCUGUGGAGAAAAAAAGCUCCCAGUCUUUUUCUGCUGGGCUGGAGCCCACAGGGCUUGACCUCAGUAAGGAGAAACUGGACUCUGAGAUCUCUGACAAAAACACAAAAGACUCAUCUUCAGAAGAUGUCGAAAGCAGCUCAAAYGAGACAGAUGAAAAGCCAAAUCCUGAUGGAUCAGGUGCUGCAGACUUGGAAGUUGUAACUUCCUCAGACAAAACCAAACAGGAUGCUGAGGAGGAAACUGUGCUGAAAAAGCAAGACAAAGAUCUUCCUGAAAUGAAGGAGGAGGAUGGAGUGGAGAAGGGAGAGGAGGCUGCUCCAACAGAAGCUGGGACUCCUCAGCCUGAGGAGGAUCCUGAGAUCCAGGUGGUGACUGAAGACAAAGACAGGCUGGCCUCAGAUGUUGGAACCAGUGAAGGAGCUGCUGCUGGAGAAAAAAACAGUCUGGGGAACAGUGAAGAAGACCUGUACAGAGGAGCUGAGGAGCUGUCUCCGUCACAAACUUUGAAGGUGGAGGACAGAUGCAGUUUGUCUCCAGCUGUGGACAUUCUGUCUUACAGCGAGAGAGAGUGGAAAGGAAAUACAGCCAAAAGUGCACUCAUUAAAAAGGGUUAUAAAGAGAUGUCCCAAAAGUUUGACAGUGUGAGGAGAGUAAGGGGGGACAACUACUGCGCCCUCAGAGCCACGCUGUUCCAGGUGUUGUCCCAAAGCAUCUCUGUGCCGCUGUGGCUGCAAGAGGACAGUGUUCUCAUGCUGCCAGAGCAGCUGGAGGCUCAGGAAGGACUGCUAAGCCAGUGGAGAUUUCCUGGAGUGUGUGUGCAGCAGGACGGCUCAGGAGAUGCCACUCAGCAGCUGAAGGGCUACAUAGAGCUUCUCCAAAUGACGUGGCGGGCAGCAGUGGACUGUACCUCGCCUACAGAGCGACAGCAACUCUGCGAGCGGGUGUUUCAGGGCGGAGAGGAGGAGCUCGGGCUCCUGGAGGCGCUCAAGCUGCUGAUGCUGGGCCGAGCGGUGGAGCUGCACAGCUGCAUGCUGGGAGGUGGAGACGUCCCUCUYUUCUGCUGGCUGCUGUUUGCUCGGGACUCAUCCGACCGUCCGCGUUCUUUUCUCUGCAACCACCUCAGGCACGUGGGCCUCAGCGCCGGGCUGGAGCAGGUUGAGAUGUUCCUGCUGGGCUACGCCCUCCAGCACACCAUUCAAGUUUACAGACUGUACAAGGCCAACACGGAGGAGUUCAUCACCUUCUACCCAGACGACCAUAAGAGCGACUGGCCGUCCGUGUGUCUCGUCACAGAGGACGAUCGCCACUACAACGUUCCAGUGGUGGAUGCUGCAGAGCCCGACAAGGAGCUCACCUCCAGCUGAUUGAUGCUGUUUGACAAACACCCCUCAGGUCGAUCCACACCAUAGAUUUAUGCCAACUGAAGGAGGAGUUUUGGGAAAUAUGCUUCCACAAAGUUAGAUGUGUAGAUAGUGCCAUCCUCAUCUUUACAGCUUGGAUCAAGCUCAGCUUAAAGUUAUCGUUUGGUUGGUUUUUUUUUUUUUUUUUAAAGUGGAGUUGUUAUCAGUAGUUUGUACCUUACCUAGACAGAUUAGACAGUUUUAGUAAGCUGAAUUUGGAAAAGCUGGAAUAAAAUCUUACAUAAAAUCAGGCUAACAUAUAUUCAGACUUGAGCUUCGUUUUUAGUGGAUUUUAGUUCUCUAAAACAAGUAUAACAUGUCUCGAUAGUGAGCUUGUUCUGGGGAGAUAAGAGGGUAUCUAUAAGAGCCAGAACAUACAGAGGAAGAACUGUUGGUUAGAGGCUGAUGGAGACAGUUCCAGGCUGUUAAGAACAAGGUCUGAGUGAAAUCAGUAGUGUGUUAGCCAUAAAUUAUGAAGGUUUCUGCCAAUAUUUGAAGAAAUCUACAUGUUGAGUAGGAUUUUAACUUUGUUAAAACAGAGUUGACAGAAGUGAGUUUUUAAUGGCUGCUGUAUUGUUCACUAGCAAAAGCAGCCUUGAUCUGAGUAGAUUCCAGAAAUUCACGUUUAAGACUCGUCUACUACAGGUAAGAUACUAACUACUGAUAUGUCAUAGAACCCACUUAAAAGAAAGCAAAGCAUACAUAGCUUUUAAAUCUUAAAAAAAUUUUAAGCUCAUACAUUAGUUUGGUACAUCUUGCUUCUUUAUUUUGUUCAAAAUCAAGUUAAAUGUUUAGUUUUUUGAAUGAAAGGGUUCACUGAUGUCAGUUUUCACAGAUUUUUCCUGCAGAUUUACAGUCAUCAGUAUUUGUCUUCAACAGCAGCUGCAAGCAGAUUUUAAUUUUACCUGCCAUAAAAUUUUGUGUUGAUGCCUGUA